AUGUCCGACAGUGUUACCCUCUACGUCCUACAAUAUCAACUCAAGCGCAACCUCCAUCCCUUCACACGCGAGGAGAUCCUACAAUUGCCGACUGGACGAAGCGGUGUAUAUGUCCUGUGGCGGAAAACCGGCACCGAGGGACGAAACGAGUGUCUCUACGUUGGCGAAUCCACAACCUGUGUGCGAAGACGGUUGCUGCAGCACCAUUCAAACGCACAGAAUGACGGACUCCAUUCACAACUUCGGAUGUUCAGGUCAAUCGUCCAAUUCUCAGUAGAAUUCACAGAGGACGCGGAAGAGACAGUGUCAUUAGAAUCCGAACUCAUCCGCGAGUGGAAACCGAAGACCAACCUGAAAAUGAACCUCGACAAACCCUAA